AUGUGCGGUCGUGGCCCUGAUCUACUGGUCGUGCUGCGCGCCGACACAGGCGAGGAAGUGGCUAGGACGGAGCUGGAUAGCGUUGGAGAGGGAGCCGAGCUCGCCCUACAUCCCGACGGGCAGCAUAUCCUGCUAGAUGUAGGCGAGGGCCAGGACGGUGUGAAAUUAUACCGAGCAGCAUUCACUGGCGAUGACAUCGACUUACACUCUUAUGGGUGGAACGAUCGCUGCUUGAUCGACCUGGCGCCCGAUGGCCAGUGGUUCAUGACGGUCGACCAGGGCCGGUAUGAUGUCACCUUUCAUGUCUUUCCAAGUGGCAAGGUGGUACUGCAGGUACCAGUCGAAACAUUUGGCUAUGAGUAUUUUGGGGAUGAUGAAGCAGGCAUGGAGUGGAACGGCGGCUUCCUCAAUGCCGACAACGCGGUCGUCACGAUCGCGGGUGAGAAGGACGACAAAGAGUGGCACCGCCACUACAUCAUCGACCUACGCACAGGUACACCGCGCGGGCGCUUCGAGGCAUACUCUCGUGAUAAAUAUGACUUCGAGCCCCUAGGGGACGGCACCUGGAUUGUCUCAGGCCCUGACAGCGGCGCCGUCCGUCGCCGGUUGCCCACGGCGGACCAAGUUGAAGCAACCGAGCAGUGA